AUGUCUUCUCUCGCCUCUAUCCGGGUCUCAUCCCGCCAAGUCAUUUGUUCCAACUUCACCCUCCCUGCCUCUACAUUUCGCACCUCGGCAGUGCGAGGCUUAAACAAGAAUCAUCGACAUCGUGAAGGUCCCCCCAACCACUACGAAUCCUCCAAGCAUGAGGCCCUCAAGGACACCAAGGAUGAGACGGGAAAGUGGGACUCAGAGCUGGCUAGUACCAGCGAGCAGAAUGUGAGAGCGGAUCGGGGUGAAUUUGAUGGUGAACAUCCCAGUUUCGAUGCCAUGCAGCAAAAGAUGAAACAAUUGCCUCAUGACACUCUCAAAGUAUCCGGAAGUAAGAAAUGGGUGAGGAUUGAAUAG